CCUUGAGCAGCUUGAGCAUUGUGAUUGGUUUAUUCUGUGAAGCCCGGCCCCAGUCGGCAGACCCCUGAGUCACUAAAGCAGAGGCUGAGAUGCUGUGUGUGAAUAAGAAGCAAGAGCCUAACAACACCAAGUUACCUGUGGAAAACUUUACUGUUGCAGAGGUCAGCAUGCGGCUGGAUAUACUCCUUGUCCUUCAUCUCCAGGUGCUAGUCGUAGCAUCAUCAUCCUCCGCUGAAGAAGAUGAGAGCAGUGCGAGGGAUGUCCAAAGUAAAGGUUCUUCUCAUCAGCACCACUGGGGUUAUCAUGAUCAGGACGCAUGGUUAUCUGCGUUUGAACACUGCAAUGGAAAAUCUCAAUCUCCGGUCAACAUAGAUGCCCAUAAGGUUUUCUAUGAUCCCAGGCUAUCUCCUAUUAAUUUGGAGGGAUAUGAUCUCACCGGCUCUCCUGCUCUAACCCUCAUCAACAACGGUCACACAUUGCAGCUGAGUCUGCCGGGCAGUAUGCGUAUCACGAAGGGAUUCGAUCACGUCUAUGUCGCGGCCCAGCUUCACUUCCACUGGGGAACUAAAGAGGUCCCUGGUUCAGAGCACACCAUCGAUCGCGUCCAUUUCCCUGCUGAGAUCCACGUGGUUCAUUAUAACUCCAAAUAUGCAAAUCUCACCGAGGCUGCUAGUAAAGCAGAUGGAUUGGCAGUGUUAGGAGGAUUCAUAGGCAUUGGCCUUCACGACAAUGACAACUAUGAAAAGAUCCUGUCUGUGCUAACAGACAUCAGCACAGAGGAGUCAGACACUGAGAUUCCUGGUUUUAAUGUGCGCCAUCUACUGCCGGACAGCUUGGAUAGGUUUUAUAGGUACAACGGGUCCCUCACAACUCCUCCAUGCUUUCAGACGGUCAGCUGGACUUUGUUCAACAACUCAAUCAGAGUCUCAAGGAGACAGCUAGCAGCGUUGGAGGAUACAUUGAAAACUGAACACAACAAGCUUUUGUCCAAAAACUUCAGAGCUCCACAACUUCUGCACGGAAGAAAAGUGCUGGCAUCCUUCCGCGCGGGAUCCACUACGAGAAUAGCCAAUGAAGCUCCAAUAUCUGAAACACAAGACAAAAAUACAAUGGAAUCAAAUGGACACUUUCUGGCAAUUAUUUUUGGGCUUCUGUUUGCCAUCACUUUGCUGGUCUUCUCUGUAUACACAUAUCGUCAGAGAAAAAAGUACUCAAAGUUUAAAAAAGACUCCAAGCAAAAUGUUAUUUACAAACCGGCUGCUGUUGAAAAAGACAUAGAUCAAACCUCUGUUACCGUAUCAUAAACCAAAUAUUUAUUCAGAAACAUUUUUUCUUGUUUGAGGCUUUGGAAUAAACGGCUUGCAAAUCAGUAGAAUAGCAUAAAGUAAUGUAAUACGUCGUUACAUACCCGGGAAAAAAGACCAAGCCCAAAAUGACUUAACACUAGGCUUUUAAUUGUCUUAACCACAAAUUAUUGGUCAAGAAAUAAGCCAAAUUUAACCAAAUGCAAUACUCAAAAACAUGGGACGUUUAUGGGACGUUUGAUUCAGAGUGGUGCGGAGUUAUGUGAACUGGUGAAUCACAAUAAAACAUAAGUUCUAUGUGUUCUAUGCACCAGAGAAACGUCUUCAAAGAUCUGGUGAAAAAUAUAAUGAUGAAUGCAGCUCUGCACUAUUUUUCAGUAACGUAUACUGGCCAGGUCAGAGUCCAGAUCUGAACCCUAUAGUGAAUGUUUGGUCUAAGAAGCGGACAUUUUUCAACUACUCAUGAACUGAGGACAUUAGCAUUGAGUGGAACAAUCCGUCCUAUCAAAAGCUGCCUGUGAAUUUACCUGCAUAAACGUCUAACACUGGCGUCGUUCACAUGGGAGUCACAAUGGUGUUGUUCGCAGAAGGAACCAAGUUUUUGUAAAAUAAAUGUAUUUAAUUUCAA